AUGGCUGUGGAGCAGACUGCCAAUACCUGGGAAAUGCACUACAUGGGUGUUCUGUUCUGGGCAGGCACGGGCUACGUCCAUGAAGCAGGGGGCACAGGCUCUAUCGGCAAAGCAGGAGACGUAGGCUGUAUCGGCAAAGAAGGAGGCACAGGCUCUAUCGGCAAAGCAGGAGGCGCAGGCUGCGUCAUAGAAAAAGGAAGCGCAGGCUACGUGUGUGUGUUGGUUUCAGGUGAGCAGUAUGGAGAGGAGUUUGGGAAGAUUAGCUUGAAAAGAAAAGUCCCUGCUCUGUGAGAUGGAGACUUCUGUCUGGCUAAAAGCAUUGCCAUCCUGCUUUAUCUGGCUGAAAAGUUUAAGCCUCCAGACUUAUGGUAUCCGGCUGACCUCUAGCAGUGCGCUCGCAUUAAUGAGCAUCAGUUAUGGCAGCACAUGGCCAUCUGUCUGCAUGGAUCCAAGAUGUUCUGGCUCCAGCUUUUGAUUCCCAAGGUGCUGGGUGUGGAUGUCCUGCAGGACAAGAUGGAUGUAGCCUUGCAGGACCUGAAUGGUUACCUGAAACUCAUGGAAGAAAAGUUUGUCCAGGACAGGCCCUUCAUUGCAGGCGAUCACAUCUCAUUGGUCGACCUAGUCGCCAUUGUUGAGGUCAUGCAGCCUGUGAGCUCUGGCCUGGACGUGUUUGAGGAGAGACCCAAGCUGAGCGCAUGGUGGGACAGAGUCCAGGCUGUCAUUGGAAAGGACCUGUUCAACAAUGCCCACCAGACCAUCCUGGAAGCCCAGGAGAGUGCGACACUGAUGGAUGCCAGCAAGAUGCUGUUCUUCGAGCCCAAGAUCCUCAAAUUAUUCAUGUGAAGAGGAGAACACUAGUUCUGUAUAAACUAAAUUUGUUAGGUUUCUGGUACUUUAUAAUCCAGCCUGUGAUUACAGUGGAGGUUAGUUGUAUAAAUCAGGUACCAAUAUUGAAUGACACAAGACUAUGGGGAACAAUCGGGUAUUUUAUAGGAAAGGAGAAAUAAAUGAUACUCUAAGUAUUUCUGUAAAUACUAGUUACCUAAAGGUACAUUACUGUGAAACAAAGCUGAAAUUUGGGGAAAAUUAUGUUAAUGGAAUUUUUCUUAUUCUGUCGUUCAAGAGCAAACAGUCACACAUUAUAUUAAAGCCCGCAUACUUUAUUCCACUAUAGCUACAUUUAAGUACUAGUAGGAAACAGUAUUUUAUUGGUACCUGAUUAAUACAAGCUGUAUUAUAAUGUUACCAAGUUCCCUUUUGAACACAGAGACAACACAGCCAAUACACAUAUCAUGAUACCAACACAGUCAAUACACGUAUCAUGAUACAUCUCUGUUGUUACUUAUAGAAUGGAUAUUACAAAAUGUGCAUUCCCAGUGUCUUGUAUGAAGACUUCCCAUAGUUUGACAGUAAAAGCACCAGAAUGUUUUCCAUCAGUAUGACAGCUUUUGAUGUGAAGGACUGGGCAAUUGAGGCAGACAAACAGUUGUGGAGUCAGUAGGACUGAAUAUGUAACGCAGAGGAAUGUGAACUUUAAGAUAACUGCUCUUCCGAGAGCUGCAGUAUGUCUUGUGUCCACAACAUCAGCCUGUUUCCUUAAUGCGUCACUGUGGUCAAAUGCACUUAAUCCACUGUGCUUCAUGUGAUGAGACAUGUUAACGCUUCUUCAAGCCUUAGGUUCAUUGUGUGGCUCCUGCAGUGAGAUCAUGUGGAUAAUAUAGUGAAAUAUGUUAUGAAAAGGUUUGUAAGAAUAUAAAAUGAAAUACAAAAAAUUGCAACAAUAAUAUAACAACAUGUAAAAUAUAAGAUAACAUGAUAUGUUAUACAUACAACAAGAUUAUUGUUUUAAAAAGGAACUAAUUUGGGAUCUGGUAAUAAUGAGAUAAUAUGUCAUAAAAUCAAAAUGUCUUGUUAUAACGCCAAAAAUUUCUCGUUAAAAUGGAAAAGUUCAUCGUUGGAAGAAGAAAUUUAUCGUUUUUGUCUUGUGACAGUGAUACACUGCCGUAAGCUAGUUUUUCAAAUGAAAAGAUGUAGUUGGAUAGUUUAUGGGAAAACGAUCUCCAUCAUUUUCCAGAUAUGUUAAACACAGGGAUCCCUAUAGUCUGCAUUAUGUACUGUCUCUGUUACAUGCAGGCCCAGUUGUGGUUCUUUAAGUGUUAUCCCAGUACCUGGCACCUGGUGGUAACCUGUGAAUAUGGCACUGCAAGACAUUUGUUUUCUCUGAACAUUUUUACAUAUAUAUAAUCAUAAAGAGAUGAGUGUAAAUAAUGACAAAGCGUUAAAAAACUUGUGU